AGAAGGAGAAGAAGAAGAAGAAGAAGAAGAAGAAGAAGAAGAAGAAGAAGAAGAAGAAGAAGAAGAAGCCAAGAGGAGUGUCCCUCUGAAUCUUGACCAGCUUCCUUCUAGGAAAAAUAGUUCUCCCUGGAAUGCAUGGCAAACUCAUCUCAGCAGCGUGCGGUUCAUGCUCCACUUAACUACUUGCUGCAUUAAGUCACAUGAUUUCUUUUACAAAUCAUAUACUGGUGGAUAUGCUGUGUGGGGAAGAGGGAGGACACGUGCACUCAAUACGAAGAUUCACACACUAGCAGACUGUGCCAUGGAUCAUGUGCUGAACACUGCUGACAAUUACAUCUUCACUCCGUAUGUUUACCCGGCCACAUGGCCCGAGGACUGGGCUCUGCGUCAGAUAAUCAGCCUGUGGGUAGUGACCAACUUGGGAGCACUGCUCAUUUAUCUGGGCUUUGGUGCUCUUAGUUUCUAUUACGUUUUUGACCAUAAGCUCAUGAAACAUCCACAUUUUCUUAAGGACCAGGUCAGAAAAGAGAUUAAACUAGCAACAGCCUCCAUCUUCUGGAUGAGCUUCCCCACAGUGGCCCUUUUCUUCUGGGAGGUCAGGGGAUAUAGCAAACUUUAUGACAACAUCAGUGAAUCUUGUCUAGGCUGGCCGGGGAUGUUCCUGAGCAUUGCUGGUUUCUUGUUCUUCACUGACAUGUGUAUCUACUGGAUACACCGUUCCCUGCACCACAAAAGAAUUUACAAGCACUUACAUAAGCAGCAUCAUAUAUUCAAGAUCCCUACGCCUUUUGCCAGCCAUGCCUUCCACCCACUUGACGGCUUCCUGCAGAGCUUACCCUAUCACGUCUACCCAUUCAUCUUCCCCCUUCACAAGGUGGUAUACCUCUCACUCUUUGUAUUUGUCAACAUCUGGACCAUAUCCAUACACGAUGGAGACUACCGCAUCCCUGGCCCCCUGAUAUUUCUGAUCAAUGGUGCUGCUCACCAUGUAGACCAUCAUCUCUUCUUCAACUACAACUACGGACAAUACUUCACGCUCUGGGAUCGACUAGGGGGCUCCUACAGACACCCCUCAGCCCUGCUGGGAAAGGGGCCACAUGACCACAUUCGCAAGCUAAUGGCAGAGGGUGCACACACACAGUGAUGAUGGAGAUGCUGUCAGGAUUUUCUUCAUUGGUUUAAACCUCUCAGGGAGGUUCCUAAUGCUCAGCCUAGGUCAUGACUCAAGAGACAACUGCAUCAGAUGCAAAACAAACAAUCAGGGGGCGUCGGUGGCUAAGUGGUAGAGCAGACACCCCAUGUACAAGGCUGUUGCUGCAGCGGCCUGGGUUCGACUCCUGCCUGGGGCCCUUUGCUGCAUGUCAAUCCCUCUCCCUCUCCCCCUUUCACGCUCAUCUGUCCAAUCGAUUAAAGGCUUAAAAAUGCCCCCCCAAAAAAUAUCUUUAAAACAAGCAAUCAGGAGCAGGAAUGAGAAAACAGAGACGUGGAUUGUUUUCCAAACAAAGCAUCUCCCAAUAUUGUACAAUACAACAGCACCACAACCCUCCAAAAUGACCAUAAAGUUGAAUCAGUACCUCAAUAUAACAGUUUAAACUUCAUGAAAGUUGUUUUUAUGGCAGGGUUGUUUUUCCAGUAUGUCAUUAGCUUUGACCAUCCCUUUGAUCAAAAUAAUUCACACUGCAUAUGUUAUAGUCUUCUGCAAGACCUUGUAUAAAAAUGACAGGGAGCAGAUUUUACAUAUUAGGUGCUAUUCCUUUGAUAUUUGAGCUCAAAUGGGCUGUUAUAAGUAACUGAUCAAGAUUAUAGAACACUUUGUGGGUCUGAGAUAACUGUGAGAAAAUAGUUGAACUUUUAAGGACUUUGGUCUGAUGAUGUUUGUCAUCCAGGACUGUAUUCAUCAAACUGCCAACAUGAUGACAACUUCAUAAUAUGAGGCCAGUGUUUCUAUGCAUUUUGGUAAGAGUGAUGGAGCAUUGACAGACACAUUUUUUACUAGCAAAGACUACUUUACAAAGAGCACACACCAUAUCUGUGUGAGUGUUCACUGUCCUCACUCUCUGGAUUUGACACAAAUUUGAAAAAAAAAACAAAGCAUUACAUGCAAAAGAGGCAGAACAACUGAAUGCAACUCUUUUUUCAUUUAUGUUAUCACAAAAUUGUUAUUUUAUGUUAAUGUUUACAAAGACUACAAUAUAAACCCAAUACCAAUGCAUAAUAAAUGUUUGCACUAUGUCUGCUUAGCUGGAAAUUUCUUAAAUACAACAAAAUGCAACAA